AUGAGGGCGGUAUUAAAUUCGAAUUCUCUUUCCUUGCGGAAAUUUUCUGUCAAUUCAUCUCCUUGCUUCAAUAUCAUUGCCAAGUUUGAGGUCGUUGAGUUAUUGAUUGUGCAUACUGCGAUGAUUUCAACACUAAAAUUCCGUUUACCUCAAAAGAUUCAGUUUAAUUCAAAAUUUCCAGCUAAUUCGCAUACUGUUUAUACUAAUUUCGACCGUCCCAGUCGAUCUUUUGAAUCACGCGGUCGCAGAAAUCAACUGCGAUCGUGGUGGGGAAAUCGAUCGUCUAAUGCUGGGACAAGGGGAUUAUUUCAUCGUCGCCACCAAAGAGAUAAAAUAUCUGCGGAACACUUUUAUCGAACCCCGAAGAGUCAUAAGCGAUCGGAUAUUUUGUGCAUUGAUGAAUCACGUCCCGAAAUAAUUCUUAAUGGUAUCCAUUGGCGUUUUCCGAAUGCUAAGCGUGUAAGUAUUUUAUUUGCAAAUAUGUUUUUUAUUUUAAAUUCUUCAUGA